AUGGCCAAUCCUUUGUUUGGCGGAGAUCUUUCUGCAGGAGGUCCUCAGGCCAUGGCUCAACAAAUGAUGAAUAACCCGGAGAUGAUGCGUCAAAUGAUGGAUAAUCCUAUUAUGCAGAACAUUAUGGGAAAUCCUGAAAUAUUUCGUUCACUGCUUGCUAAUAACCCUCAAAUUCAGCAACUUAUCGAGCGUAACCCUGAGCUUGGACACGUCCUAAACGAUCCGGAUAUGAUGCGACAAACGAUGGAAAUGAUUCGUAAUCCCAACAUGUUCCAAGAAAUGAUGCGCAAUCAUGACCUCGCGAUUCGCAACCUUCAGGGUAUUCCUGGAGGUGAGGCUGCUCUUCAGCGUUUGUAUCAAGAUGUACAGGAACCACUCCUCAAUAGCGCCACAAGUUCUCUAGCUGGUAAUCCUUUUGCGUCGUUGCGUCGAGGAGACGACACAACUGCCUCUCGAAGUCAACGAGCUGGUCAGGAAAACAGCGAAGCCCUGCCAAACCCAUGGGGUGGUGGUUCUACAACAAAUUCUCAGCAGAACGCACAAAGUAACAACACUGGAGGAACCGCUUCUGAAGGAGGAUUAGCAUCGCUUCUCGGGUCAAGUGGUAUGAACUCUUUAAUGGAGCAGAUGAUGUCUGAUCCAGCGCUUAUGCAAUCUCUGAUGAGGCCAGAGAUGAUGGACUUGUUUAGACAAAGUAUUUCACAGAAUCCUCAAGUAAUUCAGCAGGUAAAUAGAACAUCAGUUACCAUAUCAUACCGUGUUAAUUGA